GAUUUUUAUUACAAUAAAUUACAAUACUUUCAUGUUAUUGUAAUGAAUUUUUUUUAAAUUAAUAUUUUAAUGAAUCAUGUAACUAAUGUUUUUGAAUCAAAAACGUUUGAUAUAUUUUUUUCUGGCAAAUUUGUCAUUCAUACUGGGAUGUACGUUGACUCUUUUCUUUUUGCAUACAACAACAUUCAAGUCAAUCACUUUGCCGAAAGAGCCUAGGUUUAAGUUACUUGUGCUUGUCAUAUCGGCAGUGAAAAAUCAAAAUCGUCGAGAUGCCAUUAGAGAAACAUGGGCUCAAGCAAAAGAUGAUGUCGAAGUGCGAUUUGUCUCCUCACAGGACAAAUUUUUGAAUGCAGAAAAACUGGUACAUAAUGACAUAUUAGAGGUAGAUGUGACUGACGAAUACAGAUUACUUAGUCUUAAAUUAUUGAAAGCAUUUGACAAUGUGCGUAGCUUAAACUUUGAAUAUUUGUUAAAAUGUGACGAUGACAGUUUUGUUGACAUUCCCAAAAUUAUCAAUGAACUAAAUUUUGCUCCAAAAAAUAAAUUUUACUGGGGAUACUUUGAUGGUAAUGCUCAUAUUAAAAGAGCUGGAAAAUGGAAAGAAACGGAUUGGAUAUUAUGCGACAAAUAUUUACCAUAUGCCUUAGGAGGUGGCUAUGUUUUAUCUAAGGACCUUGUCAUGUAUAUAGUUAAUAAUCAAGAUUACUUAAGCUUGUUUAUCAGUGAAGAUGUAUCUGUUGGUGUUUGGUUAGCUCCGUUAAAUAUAACAAGAAAACAUGACAGAAGAUUUGAUACUGAAUAUCGUAGUCGUGGUUGUCUUAACAAUCAUUUGGUAACACACAAACGCAGUCCACAAGUGAUGAAACUGUAUUGGUCACGUAUUAUUCAAACAGGAAAGAUGUGCAACAAAGAAUACAAAGAUAUAAGUUCAUAUGAGUAUGACUGGAAAGUUAUGCCAUCUAAAUGUUGUAUGAAAAAUUCCUCGUUACUUCCAUAGGACAUUUUUUAAUAUAAAAAAAGACUGGUGUUAGGUAAUAAAUAUGAUUCAUUUCAAAUGAUUUAUUUUAUAUCUUUACAGUAAUAAAGUGUUGUUUAGUUA